ACGGUUGAUGUGUCUCUCUUGCAAUCUUCAAUCUGUGGUAUAAGCCAAGCAACGUGUUUGGUAUUUGGAACCGGACUUAGUGUAACGUUUUUUCCUAAUUCUUCAGUCUGCUUUGAAAUACUUCAAUCCUUUAUCGCUCGUUUCGGUUAUUAUAAUUCAAAUAAGGCUUCAGAUGGAUAUCCGGCCAAACAACACCAUAUACAUCAACAACCUUAACGAAAAAGUAAAGAAAGAGGAGCUUAAAAAGUCGCUCUACGCGAUAUUCUCCCAGUUUGGUCAAAUAUUGGACAUAGUGGCGCUAAAAACGCUCAAAAUGAGGGGCCAGGCCUUUGUCAUAUUUAAAGAAAUACAAAGCGCGACAAACGCGUUGCGUUCCAUGCAGGGUUUUCCAUUUUACGAUAAACAGAUGCGAAUUCAGUAUGCCAAAACCGACUCGGAUGUUAUAGCGAGAUUGAAGGGUACAUUCCAGGAGAGACCCAAGAAGAUUAGACCGCCACCUUCUAAGGAUGAGGAAGCUCCUAGAAAGAAGAAGAAAAAUAAGGAUCCUAACAGGGUGCCGGGUGGAGCCAAUGCUGAACAGCCGCCUAAUCAAAUCUUGUUCCUUACGAAUUUGCCCGAUGAGACUAGUGAGAUGAUGUUAUCGAUGUUAUUUAACCAAUUUCCUGGUUUCAAGGAAGUGCGUUUGGUUCCGAACAGACAUGAUAUCGCCUUCGUCGAAUUCGAGAAUGAAUUGCAAUCAGGCGCCGCGAAAGAUGCCUUGCAGGGCUUCAAGAUCACACCAACCAAUGCCAUGAAAAUAUCAUUUGCCAAAAAAUAAAUUGCAUUUUUUUUAUGUAAUAUUAAUUUAUUAAUUAAGACUUGAAUGAUUGCGACAUAGUUUGUAAUUUAUAAAUAGAUACAUUU